CUCGUAGCCUGCGUUUCUGCCAUGUCGCGCAACAAGGAGAAAUCCCAGUCGGGUCUCCACCGCUACUAUGAGCAGAAAAUCCAGGACGCCGGCGUGGUCAGGAUCGACGCCGGAAACAGGCCCCGCAAAGUGCAGAGCGUGGAAACCAUAGCCGAAGCCGAGCUCUGGCGGCGGGCGGUUAUGAGCGAAAUGCUGGCCAAAAUGGCCGCCGUGAAUGACCCGUCGCUUGGUGCCGACGAGCUCCGAGCUGCCAACGACGCGCUCAAUCGGAUCUAUGCCGAGAAGCGGGCGUGGGAGCACCAUAUUCUUUCUUUGGGAGGCAACGACUACAUUCGGUACGAGAAGAAAAUCGGCACGCGCGUGAGAGGAAAGACGUAUUUCGGGCGGGCAAAAGAGCUCCCGGAGGCACGGGUCGGCGAGAAGAUCCACGUGGGCCAGGGGUGCUCUGGCCAGCCGGGGCUCUCGUUGGCCUACUACGGCGUGCAUGAAGGGGCGCUGUGGGACAAGUCUAUAGAUGCUAGUAAAGAGAGGGUGCGUGCCGAAAUCAACGGUGCGGUGGGGGAGAAGGUGUUUGCGAGCGCCGGGAUGGAAGCCAAGCUACAGGAAGGGGGGCACAGCCAGAAGGCUGUGGAGCGGUGGUUGGUGGAGAGAAAGAAGCGAGAAUUGAUGGCGCGGCUCAUGCUGUGA